AUGGAUAUUAUGAACGACUCUAAUUUUUCUCUCGGAGGCACUAAUUCAACAACAGGAGUGCUCAACGGGGCCCGUCACUGCAGUGCCAUCCUCCCUGUCAUCUUUGGCAUCAUCUGCUUUCUGGGUAUCAUAGGGAACUGUAUCGUCAUCUACACAAUCAUGAAGAAGACCAAGUGUCGCGCCAGGCAAACUGUUCCAGACAUCUUCAUCUUAAAUCUUUCAAUCGUGGAUCUCCUGUUCCUCCUCGGGAUGCCAUUCCUCAUCCACCAGUUGCUUGGCAAUGGCACCUGGCACUUUGGAGCUGCAAUGUGCACGGUCAUAACUGCUCUUGACUCCAAUAGCCAGAUUGUCAGCACUUACAUCCUCACUGCAAUGACCCUCGACCGUUACUUGGCUACGGUCCAUCCCAUUCGAUUCAACUAUAUCCGCACACCUUGUGUUGCAGUGCUGGUCAUUGGCCUGGUGUGGGGUCUGUCGUUACUCACCAUCAUCCCCGUGUGGAUGUACGCAGGCCUGAUGCCUCUCCCAGAUGGCCUGGUGGCAUGUGCUCUCCUUCUGCCUGACCCAGUCACUGACACAUACUGGUUUACACUUUACCAGUUCUUCUUGGCAUUUGCUAUACCUUUGUCCAUCAUCUGCCUGGUGUUCUUCAAGAUCCUCCAGCACAUGUCCACCAGCGUGGCACCACUGCCUCCACGGAGUUUGAAGGUGCGCACCAGGAAGGUGACCCGGAUGGCGGUGGCCAUCUGCUUGGCUUUCUUCAUCUGCUGGGCCCCUUAUUACAUCCUUCAGCUGGUCCACCUAGGAGUGCAGAAGCCAAGCCUCGCUUUCUCCUAUGCCUACAACAUAGCUAUUAGCAUGGGCUAUGCUAACAGUUGCAUCAACCCAUUUCUCUACAUUAUCCUAAGUGAGACCUUCAAGAGGCAGUUUCUCAGGGCCGUACGCCCUGUUGAUAGAAAGUUUCGGGUGAACCCGAGCACCACCGAUGGCGGCAGUGUGAGUGUGAGAAUGGUACCUGAAGGGGCUCAGCAGGAAGAGCGAUCCACUGGGGACAUGAUCCCUUCCAAUGUGGCCCCACAAUGA